GAAGGACAUCAUCGGCUGCUGAACGUUUAUUAGCAUUAGCCGGCUAACGCUGGAUGAAUUAUUUACUAUUAGCGUCAAUGUUGUGAUUUCUGGUGACUGUAGAGUUGCAGUAUAAUAAUGGACCUGGUUUGGGAAGACCCUCCAGUCCCUGAAGGUCCCUUCUUUACCAGAGAUAGCUAUGACAAAUAUUCCCUUGCCCCUAACAUCAGAGAACUAUGGGCCUCUCUCCAAAGCCCCAUAAAAAAUUCUAACGCUAAACAAGAGGAUGUUAGUGCUGUGAAAGUUUCUUGCUCGACCUCCAAGGAAGAAGCUGCAGAGUUUAAAGACAACAGUCACAUCAACAAGAUAAAGUCAUGCUUGGACAGCUGUGAUCAUGAAGAUAUGUCUGUGGACAGUGUUGAGAAUGAAGCAGAUGAUGCUUUUCCUGAUCCCAGACUGCCCUACCCGUGUUUGUCCAGUCUGUCCAGCAUUCAGAGCAGGACAUAUCUUAACUAUUUGAUGAGUAAAAACACAAAGGCUCCUCCAUCACAGGCCUUACAGACACGAGUAAACGCUGAAGUGAUGGAGUUUACAAGGUACCUUCAAAAUGUUGCCAAAGUGUGUGCUGAUGACUACAACUUCAUAUCAAACGGAGCCAUGCAGCAUUCAGAGGAAUUCUUCAGGGCCUGUUUGGAGUGUAUUAUGACAUAUCCUCAGCUCUACCAGAUCCAUGAGAUGACCAGUUUGGCAGGGGGAACAUAUAACCCAGGGCUAACGCUGACCUUUGAAAAACAACUGCUGAUCAUGGGCAAUGUGGAUAUUACAGACCACAAGAUAGUGCCUGCUGAUGCACAGCUUGCAUGGGAUUAUCAAAGUGUUUCAUCAGAGAAUCCUCCAGCUAAAAAAGCUAAGGACAUGCACGCUACAAUCAGUAGCGAUAGUAACGCCAAAACCUUGUCUGAUCGCUAUGAGCCUCACGUGUGUCUGACUCGAGAUGCUCUUGUCCGGCUGCUAGACAACCACGACCCUGACUUUGGGGAAAGAUGGGAGCUUCCUGUUUGGGUCAAAUGCAACCAAAUGAAAGGCAGCAGUCAGAAGAAGACGGUUUACGUUGACUCUCCACUUCUAAAGCCUGAAAUGACCGUGAGAGAAAGGAGUCAUUUCUUCCAUGAAGAGAGUUUAAAGCUUUCCAUCAUGAAAAAUGGGAGUCAAAAUGUUUUCCAUGUAAUGACAGAGCUUCCUACAGGCAAGCAGCAACUCCCACUGGAGAAUUCAAGAAGGGAUUUAGUGUCUUUUGAAAGUGGUCUUGACUUUGAUGUGGAUCUCACUGACCUAGAGACAUUUGGAGAGACAACACCCUCCAAAAUCUCCAAGAUGCAAAUGACACAGACUGAGCAGGAUACAUUGAUUACAUGCAAAAAAGCCUGUUCACCUUUAAGCAAGACCAAAAGCUCCAGCAGCAGCUCACACAAGGAUACAAACACCUCUUUGGCAGAAGUGAAUGAUCACACAACAGAGGAGAUAAUUCAGCCAGCUGUGUGUGAGGUCACUGAGCCACAAAUUGAACACAUGACGAUGAACUCUGUUCAGGGAGGUGACAAAGAUUUUGCAGUGGACUCAGAUGAUGAGAAACUGGUCAUUGAUGAUGCAGUGUCUUGUGUUUCAACACCCACAAAUCAAGAUCAGCCUAGAACUUUACCAAGCUCUGCAGAAUCCCCUGUUACGCCUGUCUCUGAGGCUGAACCUGUAAAUUCAGAGUCAUUGUCCCCUCAGAGAGGUAUGAGGAAAAAGCGACAACCGAAAAGAACAAAGGUAUCUGGAGACCAGCUGGGUGAGAUCCUGCGAAUGCAGACUGCUAUGUUCAACACAGCCAAUGACUCAGCAAAACACUCAGCAAUAUCCCAGGUCAAGCCACCCACCCAAUGUACAGAACCCCAGGUAUACUCCCACCCGACAUCCCUGGUCAAGCCCUGUGUAACAUCAUAUUUAGAGAGAAACCAGAACCAGGAUAGAGAGACCUGCAGUUUACCUCAGAAAUCUACACCUGUGGAUAAGUUCCCUUCCACAGAGCACAGAAAAAUACUCUCAGAAGACCUGCAGGCCAGUGCAGAGGAUGAACGAGAUUAUGAGCCUCCAGAGGAAGGCAACCUGCUCUAUAAGCUCUACAGUCUGCAGGAUAUGUUGCUCAUGGUGCGCAGUUCUGUCUCACUGUGCCAUACCAGAAAUGUAGGCUGCACCCAAAACAAGUUUGUACCAGUACAUGUCCUGCCCAAGCUGGAGUACCAGCUUUGUUAUGGUGUUGAGUGUUUAAGCAGCAGUGAGGCUUGCCAGCUAUGGACUGAGACAAUGCUCCACUCCAGCACAGUCUCCUACAUUGCUCACAUUGAUGCAUUCACAUCAAAAGUAGCUCUGCUGAGAAAGCUGCCCGACGCCUGGAAACAGAACAUCUCGUGUGGGUUCAAGCCUUCCAAGUCUCUCAAUAUACUGCACCACCUCCUAAAAAAACUAACCGGGUUAGAGGAAGGGCAGUACCUGCUUACACAUGAGGCUGGUAAUCCCUUUGUGACCAUAUUAAAAGCAGCAACUGGGAAAGUGAUUCGGGGGUCUUACAACCUGCAUCAGAUCCACAGUGCUGUCCCACAGCCUCCUGCCUCUGGGAUCAUACCAUGGAUACCUGUUGAUCCAGCUGUGGUACUUCCUUUCCACCUGAAGCAUGGCCGUGUCCCCUGCACCUUCCCGUUAACCCCCAUCAUAAAGAAAGUGAAAAAUGGUCCAUCCCAGACUAACAGCCAAGGAGCUGGACAGAUGAACCAAAACAGGAAUGCAGGAGGUAAAAAGAAGAAGAAAAAGAACCGUGCAACAAGACCAUGCAGGGUCAGUCAGAAGAGGAGCUGGACCUGUACUAGAAAGAAAGCUGAUAAGAAUGAUUUUACACAGGAAAAUACUGUAAUGUUUACUUUGACUGUUAAAGCAUUUUGAGAAUAUGGAAUUUAUAUUUUUGUUAAUAAAGUUUGUUAUGUUGUCUGUUGUAAAGUUUUGUAAAAACAGAGACAUUAAACUUUCCUCUAAGUCUCCUUUAAGGUAUGACUGCUUUA